AUGCUGGAUAUUCCCCGGAUCCAGAUCUACGAGUUCGUGCUCGGGAUACCGCUCUCCUCUCGUAGACACCGUACGGUGGAGCCCGAUGAUUAUCAUUUAGUCCAAACAAUCAAGUUUACCGGCGAGGAAUUUCUACCCAAUCUGGUCAAGGCGUACAAGCUCGCGCCGCAGUCCUUUGACAUGGAAAUCGGCUACCUGGCAAUCAUCAGCAAGCCCGUCGGCAAGGUCUACUUCUCAGACGAAACGCCGAGACGCUUGCUCUUGCUGAGCAUGAUUGAUCUUACGUCUUGGUACUUGCGCAUCGACUCGGACCCUGCAGAUCGAUCGUCCACGAUUCAACUGGCACGCGAGAGUUCGUGGCUGCUGGAGCUGGGCGAUGAUUUUCGAGCUCGUUCAAAGUCAGCAUUCGAACUUCCACACGUCCAGCUCUGA